UACGAUCGUCUUCACGGUUUCUCCUUGGUCUGGAUCGGACAUCGAAGCGCGCAGAAUGUGCUCCCUGCGGAGUUGAUGGAACGAGAGAAUAACACGUUCGACGAUCCUUUGAGAUGUAAAAGACGGACACGCUGGAUACGCCGCCAUCAUGCGGGUCUCAAUACGGGAGCAAUUGGGGCUUCUGGUCCUUUUGUGCUGUUUGGGCUCACUUAUGGUUCUCGCGCUGGCCGUGUGGUUUCAGAACUUCCAUUUCAUCACGGAAAUACGACUGUCUGCGCUUUCUCUAACCGCUUCCCUCAAAGCGGCUCAAAUCUCCAGCGCGUUGUUGUUGUAUCAGUCGCAGGUGACUUCAGUAUCCACCAGAGUCCUCAUACAGAGCGCUCUUGGACGAUACAAUGCAGGGAACAACAGUGCCGAGAACUGGUCCAAGUCCGUGACGGAUUUGCAAGGUGCUCUUGCGGAUGGCUCUCUCCUAGUGCAGGCGGUGGUAUACCCCAAUGCAUAUGAUGGCAAUGAGACUGCCGUGAACGGGUUGGUCAAUGUCACGGCGGACGGAAUGGCGCCGGUCAAAUUGCCGUACGCAGGCCCCAACGGCUCUGCUGUUUACCUGGGAGAUCCAGAUGUGGGGUAUCCUCCUAUGCUCUACCCAAACUUGACAUACGGCGCGCCGGCAGCUGGUACAACCGCAUCUACAGUGUCGUACAUGAAUAGGACCAUCGAUCCUGACAAGCCGUUGUACCUCGGACCUUUGGCCAUCAACGACUCCUACUCGUUACUAUCUGUCACAGUCGCAAUGAUCAACAACACCUCCCGCUCUGACAUCCUUGGCUGGUUGACGGUGCUGGUAAGCGGCAGCAUGCUCUACAAUGUACAAGAUUCCCCCGAAGGACUUGGGAGCACCGGCGAAACACUGCUCAUCGGUCCAGAUACCUCUUUUAAUCAAUUCAAGUCAGAGAUUCGAAACGCAACCCCAGCGGAAGCGAAUUCGCGGGAGGUCAGAUUUAUUCUUCCUCCGCACAGCAAUUCGACGCUAGGAAACCGCCAUGCGGCCAGGGCUUCCAUCGCUAAUGCCACCAAGCCCUUCCUUAUGUCCUCCUACCCAGCGGUCGUGGCAGCGUGGACCAAGAAGAACAAGGACGUUAACAACGCCGGUGCCUUCAUUUCGACCCACGACGAAGAUGGUACUCGAGUCUCGGCUGGGUAUGCCACCAUUUCCGACGCCUUGGUCGACUGGGUGUUGGUAUUCGAACAGAGUCAUGGAGAGGUCAUUUCUCCGAUCGACCAUUUGCGUAACGUCGUCCUCAUAUGCGUCUUCGCCGUCACCGGCCUCCUGCUUGUCGUCGUGUUUCCUCUUGCACAUUAUUCUAUCACGCCAAUACGCCAAUUGAGUGCCGCUACCGCAAGGACGGUAGAACCAUACCAGCCAGACGAUUCCAGCGAAUAUUCCAGUUCUAUGGGAGGACAUGGGGCCGUAGAAGCCGAAAGUUUUCAGGAAAGUCCCGAUGAGACUCUGGCGCGAAAGGAGGGAUUUUUUGGUGCCCUGGCCAAGAUUACGAAAACCAGACAGUUAUCACGUUCCUCCACACCGAGAAACAUGCGGCGGCGAACCUUCAGGAUCCCUCGCAAAGUGCCAGAACGGCCACAUCUGGUCACUGAUGAGCUCACAGAACUGACGCGGACAUUCAAUGAGAUGUCUGAUGAGUUGGCAAUGCAAUAUGAGCGCCUGGAAGAAAGAGUCAAACAGCGAACGGCUGAGUUAGAGAAGAGCAAGAAGGCCGCUGAAGCAGCCAACGAGAGCAAGACAUUGUUCAUUGCCAACAUCUCGCACGAGCUGAAGACCCCACUGAACGGUAUCCUGGGGCUCACCACUGUUUGCAUGAAUGAGGAUGAUCUGGGAAAGAUUCGUUCCACUCUGAACACCAUCUACAAAUCUGGUGACCUGCUACUGCAUCUGCUUACUGAUCUUUUGACGUUCAGCAAAAACGAAGUCGGGCAACAAUUGUCGAUUGACGAGGCUGAGUUCCGACUAAACGACCUGAGCUCGCAGUUGCUCCCAACCUUUGAGAAGCAAGCACGGGAAGCACAAAUUGACCUCAAGGUCCUGUUUCUCGGUACCAGUGAUGCAUUUGGAGACUCGUCAGAUUUCUCUGGAGAGAAAUUGUACGGACCUGUUGGCACGGGGCGAGUUCGAGAUAUGUGUCUGUGGGGUGAUAAAAACCGGAUACUUCAGGUCUUGAUGAACUUCGUGAGCAACAGUCUCAAAUUUACACCUGCACAUGGUUCUGUCACUGUGCGCGUGCGCUGUAUUGGCCUCAUGAACAACGUUCCAAGCAGGGCCGGCAGUGCUCGAAAAUCAUCUCUCAAUUCACGAAAAUCAAAGUCGUCUAGCACGAGGAGAGUUCGGAUGUCCGACACCUCGAUUGCACCCGGAGAUGCGCCGGACUAUGAGAAACCUCAGGACAAAAUGCAUCACAACAGCAAUUCAAAUGAAGAUGCGAAGCUCAGCAUCAACGUCGCUGGCGGGACCACACAUAUACACAAGGUUGUUGAACGGCAAAGGUCCAUGUCGCCGCCACCGAUCAACACCAAAGAUCUCCACUUCGAGUUCGAAGUAGAAGACACCGGUCCUGGCAUUCCGCCCGACCAACAACAAAAGAUUUUCGAGCCAUUUGUCCAAGGCGAUCUCGGCCUGAGCAAAAAAUAUGGAGGCACCGGACUGGGUCUCAGCAUUUGUGCGCAGCUGGCCGCGCUUAUGGGAGGUGAUAUCUCUUUGGACAGUGUCGUCGGCGUUGGCAGCAAGUUCUCGAUGCGAAUCCCUUUGCGUUAUGUUUCAGAGAGAAGUCCGUCAAUGGCAUCCUCGACGCACAUGUCCCACUCCAAGGCAAGCAGUCUUGUAGGCCAGACCUUGCAUGAUUCUCAAGAUCCAACGCCGCAACACCAUGCCGGUUCCACGACAUCACUGAACUCGAAUGAUGGUCUUGCAGAUGUGCCCAGGAUCGUCGGCUUCACUCAGCCCUAUGUGGCGAAGGAGACCAAAACGAGCGAGGCUUCCGAAGCAAAACUCAAUGAGAUGAAGAAGGUUGAGAGUGAGGCCGCACAGAAGGGUAGGAAAGUACGUGUUCUUGUCGCGGAGGACAACAAGGUGAAUCAAGAAGUUGUUCUUCGCAUGCUACGUUUGGAGGACGUCUAUGAUGUUACUAUCGCCAAAGACGGCCAAGAAGCGUUCGACAAGGUCCGCGAAUCAAUGCUCAGUGGUGCACGAUUCGAUCUCGUGUUCAUGGAUGUCCAGAUGCCCAAUCUGGAUGGUAUUCAAUCAACGAAACUCAUUCGUGAGAUGGGCUUUUCGGCGCCCAUAGUAGCCUUGACGGCAUUCGCAGAGAAAUCCAAUGAGGAUGAGUGCAUGGCGUCCGGUAUGGACUAUUUCCUAGCCAAGCCAAUACGAAGGCCUGCACUCAAGCAAGUCUUGAAAAAGUACUGUGCGACCAUACCGGAGGAGGAGGGCGAGGCGAGUACAAAUGCUGUGCCUCGUGUCAAGGUCUCGCCUUCGAUAGCACAACAGCUGAAUGGGCGUCCUGUGGCAUCGAGGCCCAAAAACGCAAGUACCGCAAUCAUCGAUCCUGAUGAUGUGUCUCCACUGUCAUGAAAGUCAGCUUCUAAGAUGGCUUGAUAGCUGACGAAUCCUGCGUGGCUCUGCGAUAAAUGUGGCAGGAGUGGAAAAAUUUUGGUGCAGGUGCCUGGUGAAAGGUGUGACGAAUGCCGUCCAAGGAAAAAUGGUUCUUUUGAUGAAUGGGUUGUCAAGUCAUGGUCA